AUGCACGAGACCAUAAACGACUAUCGCACCUCCAUUCCCAAAGAUGACAGUCUGAUCUUCAGUAUGAGAUUCGUUGGUAUCAUAGAAAACGUGGGUGGCACCAGCAGUGACCAACAGACUCUAAUGGAAGAGCAGGAGCAUACGGAUGGAGAGUUAAGCUCAUUUGAGCGCAACAUGCUCGUGGUGAGUUUUGCUGCUCACCUUCAUUCCGUCAUUCGUUGUAUGUCUAAAUGCACUAAGCUUACACUAAACUCAGCAAAGAAGCAUACAUCAGACGUGCAUGAACUGUUCGUAAGGCUUCAUAUCAAUGCGGUUAAAUUGAAAGAGCUUAAGAGUCGCUGUGAAUCCAGCAUCAAUAUUUUGAAUGAUUCAUACCAGGGACAAGAACGCAAAAUUGACAAACUGAAACAUUCCUAUAAAGGCAAAAUUGAGGUGAGAUCUUUGAAGAAAACACCUAAAGUUGAGCAAAACAUGAUAGAAGAAAUGCACCAAGCGCAACAUUCUACUUUGGGUGAAAUCGCCAAAAAUACUUCGAAUGAAACUAAACACACACGGUCAAACCUUCAAGCUUCUCUCAAGACUGGUGUUGACACCUGCAUUAUACAUUACCCUAAACUAAAACUUCUCCAUGAAGCUUUACAGUACAGCAGUGAUAAGAAUAAGAAGAAACUCCUCUUUAUAGCUUCAUGGAAAUGCGUGGAAAAAUUACUUCAGGUUGACAUAUGCCUGGAGGAGAACUUAGAUAAACUUGAACAUUUAAUAUUAGACCACCCUAUUAGAGAUACUGGUCAAUACUUGUCCAAAUUAUCUGGUAAAUGGACGUGGGUACAAAGCAGCAAGACAGUCACAUACCAUGCUAACACUGACAUUGCGCAGUACUUGUACAGACUGGAAAAUCUAGGAAGGAAUAUACUCAGUAACUAUGUGUUUAGUGUGGCGGGUCAGUCUGAGCACAAUGCAGGUUGUGAUGGACAUCAACUGAAUGCAGCAGAAGAAGAGCUACAUAUAUUUGUACAAACACUAAAGACGUGUAACGAAAAUGAGCAAGUGCUUGCAAAACAAUUGGAUGGAGUGUUACAACAACAUAUUCCGGCAGACGAGGAGCUUAAUAGACUUAAACACAUUAAAACAUGUAAAGCUAAUGAGAAAGUACUUGUAAAGGAAUUAGAGGAAGUGAUACAACAAAAGAGCGCAGCAGAUGAGAAGCUAUAA